AUGGAUUGUGAAAUGGUUGGUGUUGGUCAAGGAAACAAAAGUGCUCUUGGAAGAGUAACGCUGGUCAAUAAGUGGGGAAAUGUUAUUUAUGAUGAGUUUGUUCGGCCAAUUGAACGGGUUGUUGACUUCCGCACUAAAAUUAGUGGCAUAAGACCUCGAGAUCUUAGGAAAGCAAAGGAGUUUUGGACUGCUCAGAAGAAAGUGUCAGAGUUGAUCAACGGAAGGAUCCUUGUUGGUCAUGCCUUGUCCAAUGACCUUAAGGCAUUAUUAUUAAGUCAUCCCAAAAAGGAUAUAAGAGAUACCUCAGAGUACCAGCCAUUUUUAAGAUCAGGUAGCAAAAGAGCACUGCGGCAUCUUUCUGCCGAACAUCUGGGUGUGAAGAUCCAAAUAGGAGAGCACUGCCCAAUAGAAGAUGCUCGUGCUGCUAUGCUGCUUUACCAAAGAAAUAAGAAGGAAUGGGAGAAGAGCACAAAAGACCAAUCUCGGUUCAAUCAGAAGCAAAGGAAAAUGAAGCAGAAAAAGAAGCGGGAGAUUGAAGAUGCUUCAAACGCAAACCAUGUUGAAAUCGGAUCAUAG